CAGUAGAGAAUUGGGUCCAAUUAUAUCUUUAUUUUUCUAUAGUUUCCUUAUUUAUCUCAUUUUCAUUUGUUAAUCAAUCUGUCAAUCACUUAUUUUACACACACACAGUCCUUAUUUGUCAUAUCAACUAGAGCAAACUUAUGAUUGGUUAGAGGGAGUUAAGUCCCACCCUCUCUUCACGCAGAAGUCAGUGAGUUGCAGCGCGGGUAAAACAGCAGCGGUCGGAGCGGAUGAGAAAUAGAGAGUUAGAACAGCGAUUAUUAACAUAUCCAUGAGAUAAAAUACUCUUCUGAAGACGUCAGAGGUGUGCGAGGGUCCGUGAGCCAGGAGUAGUAGCACUUUUGGCAUUAUCGUCUUGGCUGGGUUUUUUGAGAACUAGAGAACUGGAUCUGGAUUCUCCCUGUGGAUGGGAGAUGGCGAGCCCCCAGUGAGAUCUCUUCUUAACCUAAGGAGUGAAGAACCGAGACCUGAGGAGAGGACCUCGUAUCUUUUUUGCUUCCACUCAAGUAUCAGUGUGGUAGGACCACCACACAUCCGACUACUUGAAUUUUCCCCCCUGACUUGACAUAAAACAUUGACUUGAGCGCGCUGACUGAUAUCGCAAAGACAUUAAAGGGACAUUACACUCAUGGACACUUUCAAUUCAAGUUUUGCUGAAAGACUGUGAAAUCUUGAGAUAUUGAUGAUAAUUACACUGCAUUUUAUGUUCAUGUUUUAUAACUUGGUACAGUAAACUUACCUCACACGUUCCUCGUGGCUCCAUUUAUCUGUUUUGUCUGCCAUUCCCUUUUCAACCCUCCCAUUACGAACCUAGCCCCUGGUCCAUAUAUUCUUUAUUCUUUACCUUGUAGCACCUAUUGGGUUACAGGCAAAAUCUUGGCGAGCCAGCCAGGAGGGUUGUAUUUUGAUAGAAACACCUGCACUUUUGCUAUUUAAAAAAAAAAAAAGACAGACAACAAUUAAGUAAGUGGAGCAGCGAAGGACCUAUUUAAUAAUUACUUACCUUGAGUUUUACUGCUGAUUUAAAAAAUAUUUCUUUUGCAUUCAUCUGAAAAAAAUGGAGGUUGUGAGAUCAGAAAAUGUUAAAGUUCGAAAUGCAGUUUUGGUUUCUGGGUUGAGUGACACAGAGGUUGACAAAGAAGUUUUAGGCUUCUUGGAGCGAUAUGGGUCAAUAGCCAGAGUAGUUCAAGUUCCUUCUGCUGAUACAGAGUCAAAAAUCAUUGUUGAGUUUCAGCACGAGGCAACAGUCAGAGAGUUGGAGAAGCGGUUUUUACCCUUACACAGAGCUACUACAGACCCAAAGGUAAUUCACCACAUCCAAAGCCUAGCCAGUGUUUUCAGUACUGAGGGUAGUGCUUCAGCGACAGUAGCUUACUUAACUGAGCUAAGAGAAUUGGCAAAGCUGAGCACUAGAUCGUUCGAAGACAUUCUGAGGGCAGAGUUGGCUAGGAUAGGAGAGUCAGUGGGGACAGGGGCAGAAACCAGCACCACCGAGGCUCCUGCAGAACCAGAUCCAACAUCUCUUCCAGAUGAUUCCCACAUUAUGACACCUGUUUCUCCUGCCAUUGGGAAUGCAAGCUCAGGUAAUACUACCCCUCGACCAGCUGAAGAUACCACCGAGACUGUCCUGCCUACAGAAGGAAAAAUACAAUCUCCCCAGUUACCAGCAGACUUGGUUAGCACACCAGAGGUGCAACGUGUCAUUGUGGAGCACAUUGUUAAAAGCAGUGAGGUGGGUUCUCAAUCCAACUUAUCUUACAAGCUGAAACCUUUUUCAGGGAGAAUUCCCCACCCAGCUUUUGAAGUUGAUUAUGAUGCUUGGCGCAGCAGUGUGGAGUUUUGCUUAAAUGACCCCACUAUCUCAGAUACUCAGUUGGUGAGGAAAAUUGUGGAGAGUCUUUCACCCCCAGCAGCAAAUAUUGUGAAAUCAUUGGGCCCAACAGCUACACCCAAAUCUUACCUCACACUGCUUGACUCAGCUUACGCCACUGUAGAGGACGGUGAUGAGCUGUUCGCUCGCUUUUUGAACACCAACCAGAAUGUUGGCGAGAAAGCUUCUGAUUACUUACAGAGGCUAUACUCUGCCUUGAAUUCAGUGAUUAGCAGAAAAGGGGUAGCUCCCAGUGAUGCAGACAAACAACUCCUCCGUCAGUUUUGUCGUGGCUGCUGGGAUGGUCCCUUGAUAACUAAUCUCCAACUUGAACAACAGAGAAAUGAACCUCCAUCUUUCGCUGAGCUGCUUCUCCUACUGAGGACUGAAGAGGAUAAGCAGGCAAAUAAGGCAAUCAGAAUGAAGCAGCAUUUGGGGAUAACUAAAACAAAAGCUCUUUCACAAUUGCACACAACAUGUAUGCCAGACACGAUCAGUUCUUACCCCACAAUGGAUCCUGAUGAUGCUCCCAGUGCAGAUGGUGACCUCAAGAAGCUAAUUGCAAAUCUAUCUGCCCAAAUAGCACAGCUGCAGGCCAGAUGCACAGACAAACCUGUAAAAUCUGCAUCCAAGGGAAACAAAAAACAGCAACAAAAAACAAAACGUGAACCAGAAAUGAAAGAGAUUAAACAAAUCACAGCAAGGGUACCCCGACCUAAGCCAUGGUAUUGUUUCAGGUGUGGGGAAGAUGCUCACAUUGCUUCUAGCUGCAGCAAUGAACCAAACCCAGCUCUGGUAAGUGCAAAGAGAGAAGCACUCAAAGAAAAGCAGCGCAUGUGGGAAAUCCACAAUAACCCCACUGACUCCUCUGAUUUAAACUAG